ACGGCAGGCAGCGUCGACGAUCUGUCCGUCGAUCGCGACUGGUGACUGCCCUGACCGGCCGCUCGUGCGCAGCCAGCAGUCCGUCUGGGGCGCGGAUCCGUAUGGGAACUGCUGGCUGUUCACCCGCGAGUUCUGAACCAUCACGCCGAGAUGUUCCCCGGCGCCAAUCGGCGAAACGGCGCGUUCGCGGCGGCGCUGGCGCUAGUCGUCGUCGUGGCGCUGGGAUCACACUACUGGUGGUGGACCAGCGUCAACAUGGUGGGACCGGUCAGUCAAAAGCAGGUGGAAGCACCCUCCACCCAGCACCCCGACCACCUUCCGUUCGACGCCCAGGAUGGCAUGCCCCUCUCGCUGCAGCUGUUUAACUACAUCGAAACGCCCACCGUCUGGUGCCGGAGACUGAGCAUGUUCGGAGGCGUCUGCACAGGAAGCGGCAAAGUCGAUGGCGACAAGUUCGUCUGCCUGGAUGCUGAGUAUGCGCCGACGGCGGGGGCGUGCCUCGUCUACUCGUUCGGCAUCGCGCACGAGUGGAGCUUCGACAAGGACGUGACUGGCUACGGCUGUCAGGUGCACGCGUUUGACCCGUCCAUGGAGACCUACCCUGAGGGUAAAACGGCGUUCGGCGUCCACUUCUACAGGACUGGCCUCGGAACGAAGACGAAAAACACCCCGAUAAAGUGGCGAAUGAUGUCACUGACACAGAUAAGAGCCAACUUAAGCCAUACGCAAAGGGUGAUAGACUAUCUGAAGGUGGAUAUCGAGGGCAGCGAGUGGGACUGGCUUGAUGACGACGUUAACUCCUUGAAAAGCGUGCGGCAGUUGGGUAUGGAGAUACACAUGAACGAGGCAAGCCUAGCGAGGUACCACAACGCGUUUCGGCAGAUUCACGCGCUGGGAUUCCGGCUUGCUCAUUCCAGUCCCAACCGUGUAUAUGGCAGAACUGAAACCGUCCAGGGCGUGAGGAGAAAGGUGGCCCUGCUGUACGAGCUUGUGUGGCUUAAUCGGCACAAAUUAUAAUCAAAGCCUCUCGUCAUUUCGAUGAAAAGCCGUUGCGUAUGGUACAUAAGCCCUGACCGAAGUUGCGCACAGCAUGCAGCUUCCUCUCAGCGUGCACAGCACUGGUCAGAAGUACUGCUGGUAUGACAUUUUUUUCAGCGUUUCCCUGGAGAAGUGACCCCUCACGCUGGUAUGCUGCGUCAGCGUCUCGUUAUCACCUGACAUCAGCUGGGCCGGCGCCCGUCGUCCCCGUUCCGUCCCUCCGAAGAGCGCCGCAGGCGAGACCCACUGACCUGGCCUGGAGGCGGGCCCGUGCUGCUGCCGCCGGCAGCCACGGGCUGACGCGCUCCCACCACGCGGAACAAUGGAGGGCCGACCACGCGGCCCACGCAGAGCUUAGCUCG